AUGUCCUCUCAAAUAUCAGCAAACCCAACUUCGAGCUCAGGAUCGGACGAUGCAGUUGUAUUGCAUUCGAAAAGGGGUCAUGCCAGAAUUAUCACUUUGAACAGAGUCAAGAAGUUGAACUCAUUAAAUACCGAAAUGGUCAACUUGAUAACUCCUGACUUAUUAAAGUAUGCAAAAGAACCAGAGAACAAUGUCAUUAUUUUGACCACCAACUCUCCAAAGGCAUUAUGUGCUGGAGGUGAUGUUGCUGAAUGUGCCAACCAAAUUGUCAAGGGUAACCCCGGAUACGGUGCCGACUUUUUCGACAAGGAAUACAACCUUGAUUAUAUCAUUUCAACUUUACCCAAGCCAUACAUUUCCUUGAUGGAUGGAAUUACAUUUGGAGGUGGUGUUGGAUUGUCGGUUCAUGCUCCAUUCCGUGUUGCUACAGAAAAGACAAAAUUGGCAAUGCCAGAAAUGGAUAUUGGGUUCUUUCCCGAUGUAGGAACAACAUUCUUUUUGCCAAGAUUGGACAACAAGUUUGGAUAUUACACAGCAUUGACCGGUACCAUCUUGUCAGGUUUGGAUGCUUAUUUUUCUGGCUUUGCAACACACUACAUCAAAUCAGAAAAGAUUCCUCAAGUGAUCAUCAGAUUGGCUAAUUUGCAACCUCCUGAGAUUGAUGAUGUUUCAAAAGUUUCGUUGGUGUCGGGCAACACUCAAUAUUUCAAACAGGUGAACGACAUCUUAAAUGAAUUUAGCGAAAAGAAAUUGCCAGCAGAUUACAGAUUCUCAUUGACUGAGGAUGAACUCGAGUUGAACAACAAGGCAUUCUCACAAAAGAAUAUUAAUGACGUUUUGGACUUUUUCAAACAACACAGCGACUCAUCACCAUUUGCUAAAAAGACUUUGGAGAAACUUUUACAAAAGCCAAGGACUUCAUUGGCAAUCGGGUUUGAAUUGAUGAAUCGUGGUUUAGAAAAUUCAAUCAAGGAACAAUUUACAUUGGAAAUGGUUGCAGCAACAAAUAUCCAAAAAUUGCCACCAAAGGAGAAUGAUUUCGCUAAAGGUGUUAUCCAUAAAUUGGUUGACAAGAUCAAGGACCCUUUCUUUCCUGAAUGGAACGACCCUAGUAUUGUUACUGCAAAAUAUGUUUCCGAUAUCCUCACAAGAACAGAUGAGACACUGAAGUUGUUGCCUAAACCACCUUAUAUCAAAGAAUGGUUUGGCGUGGAUUACAAAGACUAUCCGUUAAACUUUGGUUUGCCUAGAAAUAAAGAAGUGGCUGCUUAUAUUGCCGGUAAUGAUGGCUCCAACAGAACCUAUUUACCAACACCAUCUGAGGUGUUCAAGCACUUUAAAUCAGCCACCGGCAACAAGUUGGGUGUUGAUUUAAAGAUUAAACAAAUUUUGGACUUGCAUGGCGAAACCGCCAAGUACGACAACAAGUAUGUAUCUUGGAAGGAAUAG